CGCAAAUAAGUUUCUAUGGAAUAUUUAUCUUUUUUAACCUUUGGAAAUUAGUUGUUCAGAAGAACAAAGAUAUUCAAAGUAGUCCUAAAGAUGCUCAAAUGGAUGACAAUAACUGGUGUGUAGAAUGUUCAGACGAAGAAUUUAAAGAUGCAAAAGAUCCAUGGGAACCAGAACCUGCAGAGGUUGAUAGGCUUUACAGUUUGUUAAACAAGGGAGAACUUCCAGAACUGAAAUGGAAAUGUCCAGGCUAUAUUUCGCCAUCUCCGGCGACAACAGAGGAGCCCAAAGAAGAAAGUGAAAUUAAGAAGGACGAGCAAGAUGAUUUUGACUUCAUGGAUGAAAUGACAUCACCCAAGUUAAAAAUUCGCAACAAAGGUGAAGAAACAUUAAAGGGUAGCGCUAAGAAAAAGACCACCUCACUUGAUGCUGUGAUUAAUAACAUGAGAAGACAUCAUCUGCUACCCCACAACACAAAAUAGUUGUCCUCUAUUUAGUAAUAUACAAUAAAUAUUUUUUUAUGAACAGGUCUAUUUUCUGUAAAACAAAUCAAUGUUAUGCAACUUCAAAUUACAAAAUAUUCCACCUGUAUUACUUAAAACAAAUACUUUGGUGCUCUAAAAAUUC